AUGGGCCGCUACCGCAUCCGUGUGGCCACUGGGGCCUGGCUCUUCUCGGGGACGCACAACCGCGUGCAGCUGUGGCUGGUCGGGGCGCGCGGGGCGGCGGAGCUGGAGCUGCAGCUGCGGGCGGCGCGGGGCGAGGAGGAAGAGUUUGAGCACGACGUCUCGGAGGACGUGGGGCCGCUGCAGUUCGUGCAGUUGCGCAAACACCACUCUUUGGUGGACGACGCGUGGUUCUGCGACCGCAUCGUGGUGCAGGGCCCGGAGGCCAGCGCGGAGGCGACCUUCCCGUGCUACCAAUGGGUGCAGGGCGAGGGCAUCCUGAGCCUGCCAGAGGGCACCGCCUGCCUGGCAGGAAACAAUGCCUUGGACGUGUUCCAGAGGCAUCGGGAGAAGGAGCUAGAAGACAGACAGCAGACCUACCGCUGGGCCUCCUGGAGGGACAGAUUGCCCCUGACCAUAGCUGCAAGCACUACGGAUGAUCUACCUCUAAAUGUGAGAUUCCACGAGAAGAAGCGGCUGGACUUUGAAUGGACCCUGAAGGCAGGGGCUCUCGAGACCAUCCUCAAACGGGUUUAUACCCUCCUGAGCUCCUGGGACCACUUGGAGGAUUUCAAUCAGAUCUUCUGGGGCCAGAAGAGUGUGCUGGCUGAAAAGGUUCACCAGUGCUGGCAGGAUGAUGAGAUCUUUGGCUAUCAGUUCCUCAAUGGUGUUAACCCCAUGGUGUUGAGACGCUCCGCAUCUCUGCCCUCCCGGCUAGUGCUGCCUUCGGGAACAGAGGCGCUCCGGGCCCAGCUGGAGCAAGAGCUCCAGAACAAUUCCUUGUUUGAGGCUGACUACAUUCUGCUGGAUGGGAUUCCACCCAACGUGAUCCGAGGACAGAAGCAGUACCUCGCUGCUCCCCUUGUCUUGCUGAAGAUGGACCCCCGUGGGAAGCUGCUACCGCUGGUCAUCCAGCUCCAGCCUCCCAACUCCAGCUCCCCCACCCCAACCCUCUUCCAGCCCUCUGACCCUCCACUGGCUUGGCUCUUGGCAAAGUGCUGGGUCCGCAACGCAGACUUCCAAGUGCACGAGCUCCAGUAUCAUUUGCUGAAUACGCAUCUAGUGGCCGAGGUCAUCGCUGUCGCCACCAUGAGGUGCCUCCCAGGACUGCACCCUCUCUUCAAGCUCCUGAUGCCCCACAUCCGCUACACCAUGGAAAUCAACACCCGUGCUCGGGCCCAACUCAUCUCCGAUGGAGGCGUAUUUGAUAAGGCCAUGAACACAGGCGGCGGUGGCCACGUGGUCUUGCUGCAGCGGGCAUUGGCGCAGCUGACCUACUGCUCCCUCUGUGUUCCCGACGACCUGGCUGAGCGGGGCCUGCUGGGACUCCGCGGGGCUGUCUAUGCCCACGAUGCUCUGCAGCUCUGGGGGAUGAUUGCCCGGUACGUGGAAGGGAUCAUCCACAUCUUCUAUCAAAAGGAUGAUGUCGUGAGACAAGACCCUGAGCUGCAGGCCUGGUGUCGGGAGAUCACGGAGGUGGGGCUAUGCCAGGCCCAGAACCGAGGCUUCCCUGUUUCCUUCCAGACCCGGGAUCAGCUCUGCCACUUCCUUACCAUGUGUAUUUUCACAAGUACCGCCCAGCACGCUGCCAUCAACCAGGGCCAGGUGGACUGGUAUGCCUGGGUCCCUAAUGCCCCAUGCACCAUGCGGAUGCCCCCACCCACCACCAAGGAAGAUAUCACAAUGGCCACCGUGAUGGGGUCAUUACCUGAUGUACAGCAGGCCUGUCUUCAAAUGACCAUCACAUGGCAUCUGGGUCGACAGCAACCAGAUAUGGUGCCUCUGGGACAUCACAAAGAGAAGUAUUUCUCAAGCCCGGAAGUGGAGGCUGUGCUGAUGCGAUUCCAAACAGCCCUGAAAACCCUGGAAAAGGAGAUGACAGCUCGGAAUGAGCAGGUUGACCUGCCUUAUGAAUACCUGAAGCCUGGACGCAUCGAGAAUAGCAUCACCAUCUGA